AUGAUCGUCUUCUCGAUUUGUCUCUCGUCUUUUCUAAGCGCUCUGGACAUAUCCAUACUGUCACCAGCUUUACAGACGAUUGCAUCCACGCUCCACUCGCGGGAUCUUUUCAUUUGGGCCGUCAAUGCUUUCUUGGUAACCUGCACAAUCACGAGUCUUGUCUCCGCGCAUAUUUCUGAUUUGUUCGGUCGGCGAUCCGUGAUGAUGACCUCAAUCAUGCUGUUCGCCAUUGGCAGUGCUGUCUGCGGAGCCGCUCCGUCCACAGCACUGUUGAUUCUCGGGCGUGCAAUCCAAGGCAUAGGAAGUGGUGGCAUACUCACCAUGUCUAACUUGAUCAUUUGCGACAUCGUGCCAUUGAGAGAGCGUUCCCUGUACGGCGGUUUCAUCAAUUUAGCGUGGACAGUCGCAACCCUCUUUGGACCUUUAAUCGGUGCCGCUUUCACCCAGCAUAUCUCCUGGAGAUGGAUUUUUUGGAUCAAUCUCCCGGCAUCCGCCAUUGCACUCGCGAUCGUUAUCAAGUUUCUCCGACUCGAGUAUCCGGACCAGGGCACGGUACGACAGCGCCUAGCCUGCAUUGACUGGUAUGGGAGCUUUCUCCUCACUGGAUCGACUUCUUCGAUGCUCUUGGCGCUCAGUUGGGCUGGCAGUCAAUAUGACUGGUCGUCCUGGCCUGUGUUACUCCCGUUGCUGCUCGGUGUACUGGGUAUGAUCGGCUUUGUCGUACUCGAAGCAGCGAUGAAGACGGGUGAUUACGCCCUCAUGCCCCUCCGCAUCUUUGCCAAUCGCACCUCGGCUACCAUCUUCGCUCUGACUUUCCUGCACGCCAUGCUGAUAUACUGGGUCAUCUACUUCAGAAGUGUGUACUGCCAAGGAGCUCUCAUGGUGUCGCCAAUCCUAUACGCUGUUCUGGGACUUCCAACCAGUAUCCUUACCGCUCCUGCCGGCGUCUUCGCCGGGGUAGUAGUCGCAAAGACAGGCAAAUAUCGGCUGUUCCACUUUGCGGGAUUUGGACUAAUAAUGAUCGGACUCGGCCUGCACCUUCUUCUGGACGCAGAUUCCCCAUAUGGCUAUGUGGUCGGCUUCCAGAUACCCCUCGCGCUUGGGUUCGGCGUCUUCCUCACGAGCAGCCUUCCUGCAGCCUUGGCGAGCCUUGCAGAAGAAGAUGCCGCUGUAGCAGUCGGCUUUGCCACGUCUACACGCACGUUCGGGUACAUGUGGGGCAUCGCCAUCGCGUCUGCGGUUUUCGAAAAUCGGGUCGAAACCAUAUUGAGCGGUAGCUCCGAUGAUGUCCUGAAACAGGCGCUAUUGCACGGCCAAGCAUUUCCAAACGCAAACAAAGCUUUCAUGAGCUCUUUACGGGGCACACCAGAAGUACUGACCGCGGUCAAAGACGUUUAUGUUGCGAGCCUCCGAAGGGUAUGGGAAGUUGCACUUGCUUUUGCUGCCUUGGCACUCCUGCUUUGCUUCCUUGUGCGCUCUCUGCCUUUGCGGAAGACUCUCAACACGAAAUACGGCGUGGAAUCGAAGAAAGCGAUAGCAAGUAGCUCAGACGCAUAA